AUGCCUCUACGACAAACCGCCACUCGCUCGCUGCGUCUUGCCUCGCGCAAUGUCGCCCCCUCGACCCGCGCCUUCACCGUCUCGGCUCUGCGCCAGAAGGAGCUCGCCGCCGAUGUGUCCGACCUGCCCAACAUGAGACACGCCCAAAGAAGCGCUCAAGGUCGUCUCCAUGUUCCCAUCGUCAACCCUGCCGACAAGUUUCAAGAAAAGGCCGACAGCCUGCACCAGUACGGCCAGUACUUGAUGGCUUGCAUGCCCAAGUACAUCCAGCAGUGCGUGCUCCCUCUCCUCGCAACCGCAAAACUAGCAUUGACACGAUCCGUCCAGGNNUUCUCGGUGUGGAAGGAUGAGCUCGUCAUUUACAUUGCCCCCGCCGCCGUCCUCCCCGUCUUCAACUUCCUCAAGUACCACACCGCCGCCGAGUUCACCCAGAUCAGCGACAUCACCGCUGUCGACUACCCUACCCGCGAUCAGCGUUUCGAGGUCGUCUACAACAUGCUUUCCGUCCGUCACAAUGCCCGCAUCCGCGUCAAGACCUACGCCGACGAGGCUACCCCCGUUCCCUCGCUUUGCGGUCUCUACGAUGGUGCCAACUGGUACGAGCGUGAGGUUUACGACUUGUUCGGUGUUUUCUUUGUUGGACACCCCGAUCUCCGCCGUAUCAUGACCGACUACGGUUUCGACGGCCACCCGCUCCGCAAGGACUUCCCUCUUACUGGUUACACCGAGAUUCGUUACGACGAGGAGCAGAAGCGCAUUGUUGUUGAGCCUCUCGAGUUGACCCAGGCCUUCCGUAACUUUGAGGGUGGUAGCGCUGCUUGGGAGCAGGUUGGCCCCGGUAACGACAGAAAGCCAGAGAGCUUCAAGCUUCCCAAACCAAAGCCUGAGCCCAAGCCCGAGGAGAAGAAGUAA